GGGUGGAAAAAUUAAGUACAGUAAGAUGGUUUCGGAGACCCUGGCAGCUUCGCACAGGUUCGGCUUCUAACUUCGUUAGGCUGCAUUUCAUGAAAAGACCUUAAACUAAGUCAGAAGGAAGAGAGAAAGAAGGGAAGUAGUUGCCUAAAAUUUUAGACAUUUAAAAUGUUGGGGAAACGGAAACGUGUGGUGUUGACGAUUAAGGACAAGCUUGACAUUAUUAAGAAACUUGAGGAAGGCAUCUCUUUCAAGAAACUUUCCGUGGUGUAUGGAAUUGGUGAAUCCACAGUUCGUGAUAUCAAAAAGAACAAAGAGAGGAUCAUAAACUACGCUAACAGUUCUCAUCCUACCAGUGGGAUAUCCAAACGUAAGUCUAUGAAGUCAUCAACCUAUGAGGAACUUGAUAGGGUUAUGAUAGAGUGGUUUAACCAACAGCAAAUGGAUGGGGUUCCCGUGUCUGGAACGAUUUGUGCAAAACAAGCCAGGUUCUUUUUCGAUGCUUUGGGGAUGGAAGGUGAUUUUAAUGCGUCGUCGGGCUGGCUCACUCGAUUUAAGCAGCGCCAUGGCAUUCCCAAGGCUGCUGGGAAAGGAACAAAGUUAAAAGGGGAUGAAACCGCUGCCAGGGAAUUUUGUAGCAACUUUCAGGAAUUUGUGGAGAGAGAGAAUCUGCUACCAGAACAAAUCUAUGGUGCUGAUCAAACUGGGUUGUUCUGGAAAUGUCUCCCCACGAGGACACUUGGUUUUGACAUGGAGCAAAGUACUUCUGAGUGUAGGUCAAGCAGAGAGAGAAUCAUUAUUAUGUGUUGUGCAAAUGCUACGGGUCUGCACAAGCUUAAUCUUUGUGUGGUGGGGAAAGCGAAAAGACCCCGGGCAUUCAAAGGAACAGACCUCGCAAACCUUCCUGUCACUUAUUUCAGUCAAAAAGGUGCGUGGAUCCAGCAGUCUGUGUUCAGACAGUGGUUUGACAAAUGCUUUGUGCCCCAAGUACAGAAGCAUUUGAAAUCUAUGGGGCUUCUAGAAAAAGCAGUGCUUCUUUUAGAUUUCCCCCCAGCCCAUCCAAAUGAAGAACUGUUGAGUUCAGAUGAUGGUAGGAUAAUUGUGAAGUAUUUGCCACCAAAUGUCACAAGUCUCCUUCAGCCUAUGAGCCAGGGAGUUUUAGCUACCAUCAAAAGAUACUACCGAGCAGGACUUCUCCAAAAAUACUUGGAGGAAGGAAUUGAUCCAAACGUGUUUUGGAAGAAUUUGACUGUGUUAGAUGCCAUUUAUGAAGUUUCAAGAGCUUGGAACAUGAUAAAAGCAAGCACUAUAACCAAAGCGUGGAAAAAACUUUUCCCUGGUAAUGAAGAACACUCAGGCAUGAACAUUGAGGAAGGGGCCAUUUUAGCAGCUAACUUAGCAACAGUUUUACAGAAUACAGAAGACUGUGAACAUGUGGAUAUUGAGAAUAUCAGUCAGUGGUUUGACUCUCAGAGUAAUGAUUUGAGCUGUCAGGUCCUUACGCACAGUGACGUUCCUCAGGGCCAAGCCAAGACUACUGAGCAAAAGCUUUCUCAUAAGGCUCGAAGAGCAGACCUGAAUCCCGAGAAACUCAUUAGCCAUAAAGCUGCACUUGAGUGGACUGAGAACUUGCUGAAUUACCUAGAACAACAAGAUGACAUGCUGCUUUCGGAUAAAUUGGUAUUACGGAGGCUGCGGACCAUAAUAAGAAGAAAACAGAAGAUCCAAAAUAAAUGUCAUUUGUAGUGCUCUUCAGUGUUUCAGUUGCAUUUCCAUCUUUGGGACUGUUUAUCUGAGGUAGAACUUACCUUGGUUGAAAUGCUGUGGAUUCCAAAGUCAAAUGCAUCUUAUCAAUGAUUUGAAGGUUAGAUGCCAUUUUAGAUUUCUUAAAUUACAACUCUUUAAUGUGGACUCUAGGAAUUGAGUGUUGACAUGUACCUUGUCUGUCUGCUGGUUUUCAUCUGUACUAAUUAGAUCCGAAGGUAGUCGAGGUCAGGGAACCUGUGUCUGUUUUGUGCCUGAAUUUCAGUGAGUCUUAUAAAGGGCCAUGCACACUAGAGGCACUUAAUAAAUCUUAUUUAAAU